AAGUAAAGGAAAUUUAAUUUUUUUUUCCUGAACAUUCAUAUGGCUUCCAUGGUAAUCCCAUUUUGUGGUGGAUCCUACAAUCAAAUGGAAUCGUCUCAAUCAGGGCCUUCAACUCCUAGACAACCAGUGAUUUCUUCUAUGGUACCCAGAUGGAAAGCAGGAUAUUGAGGAAUCUUUCCAACCUGUUAAGUGUGCACCUAGGGAGAGUGCCCUCUUGUGUGUGUCAUUGCUGUAAGGACUGCUCCAGGUAUCAUUGUUAACAACACCCCAAAGAGUUCCUCCACAGACCUAUAAAAUGACUCUCUUCUCAUCAAGGAUCAAACUCAUGUUCAUCAUUGUCUUGACAUUUCCUCUUUAUUCUGAAACUCUCUUUAUAAAAUCAGUAAUUUACAGGCAUCCGACAGUUUGUAGUUUGUAUAAUCAACUUUUCAACGUUUGCACCAAAGAAUAUAUUCCAGUCUGUGGAUCAGAUGGUCAUACUUAUUGCAACAAAUGUAUUUUCUGCAUGGCCUACAAAAAAAGUGGCUACAAACUUAGUUUGGUACAUUAUGGUAAAUGUUGAAUUUUUGGAAGAGUUACAUAUUCCCAUGGAUUUUAUUGUGGUCCCAUUUUUGCAGUGAAUUCUACAAGCAAUUUGAAUUUUUGCAAUUAGGAUCUUAUGCUCCUAGAAGAUCAGGUGAAUCUUCCCGUAGGACAUAGAAUACUGGACAUUCAAUAUUCUUUCCAAUUCUAAGAUUCCGGAAUUUUAGUAUUUUAUCUUCUAUGUUCAACUAUUUAAAUAUUAAUUUUCAAGUUAAUAUUAUCUUUGAUAAUAUGUAACCUAA